UAAAUCUAGGGAUAGAAAUUGAAUUAAGCAUCGCACACCAGACACCACGGGAGCCCCUCGGUCGCUGCUUCACCCGGCGCCUCCACUCGCGGCGAGCCCGUCCGCCACCGGCCCACCACCGUCAGUUGCCCCGCCUCCAUUUGCGGCACCACCGCCGCCUCAGCCACCACCACCUCCGGCCUCCGGCCCCGCCCCGCCCCUGCCUCUGCCGAAAGCCGCCUCAGCUAUCAUCUGCAGUCCUAAAGCGGAGAUAGUGAUUGAAUCUCAAGUUGAGGAUGAAUCUCGGUCUGCUUCUCCUCGCCUUCACUCCUUCAUGGACUUCGGUCUCUAUGCUGCUCGGAUAUGUCACUUAUCUGGUGAUUGUUGGAUCCAUUUUGCCGGGUAAAAUUGUACCUGGAGUGACUUUAUCAGAUGGAACUCGCCUGCAUUACCGUUGUAAUGGUUUAUUAUUGCUUGUUUUAUUGGUUUUUCUGCUUGGAAUUGGUGGCUGGAUGGAUCUCUUAUCACCUACGGCUAUUGCUGAUAGAGGUCUCGAGCUUCUAUCGGCAACACUAGUAUUCAGUGUACUGGUAACAAAUCUUCUCUAUAUGGUUGGCUGCAGAUCCCGUGAUCAAAGUUCUUCUUUCAAACCUCAUACCACAGGAAACCUAAUUGAGGACUGGUGGUUUGGGAUACAGCUGAAUCCUCAAUUCAUGGGACUCGACCUCAAAUUCUACUUUGUUAGAGCUGGUAUGCUGGGAUGGCUUCUUAUAAAUCUCUCUGUUCUUGUAAAAUGCAUUCAAGAAAGCAAUUUAAGCCAAUCAAUGAUUCUUUACCAGCUAUUUUGUGUUAUAUACAUUAUGGAUUACUUUGUACACGAAGAGUACAUGACCUCCACAUGGGACAUAAUUGCUGAGAGAUUGGGGUUCAUGCUGGUGUUUGGCGAUAUAGUCUGGAUACCAUUCACAUUCAGUAUCCAGGGUUGGUGGCUUCUAAGGAAUAAAGUGGAGCUGACAACUGCAGCUAUUAUUGCAAACUGUCUCGUCUUCUUUAUGGGGUAUCUGAUCUUUAGAGGAGCUAAUAAGCAGAAACAUGUGUUCAAAAAGAAUCCCAAAGCACUAAUUUGGGGAAGACCUCCAAAGGUCAUUGGGGGGAAGCUGCUUGCUUCUGGUUAUUGGGGCAUCGCGAGGCACAGUAACUAUCUUGGGGACUUGUUGGUAGCUCUGUCCUUCAGUUUACCUUGUGGGAUAAGUUCUCCAGUUCCAUAUUUUUAUCCCACAUACCUUUUCAUACUGCUAAUAUGGAGAGAGAGAAGAGACGAAACGCGGUGCGCACAGAAAUACAAAGACAUUUGGGCUGAAUACAAGAAAACGGUUCCGUGGAGGAUACUUCCAUAUGUAUAUUAAGUGCAAGGUAUUGUCUUAUUCAUUAGCCAUUGAUGCUAUUUCCAUUUCCAUUGCCGAAUGGGGUGUGACUUAUGGAUAUAUUAAUUAACCUAUUUCAGAGAUAUCUAAGCAACCACCCACUGGGUUUUGUUUUUCC